GCGAGUCAGUUCAUUCAUCCACCGAGACAAUCGUUGCUUAAGCACUUGGAAAGCUUCACACUCAGGAAUCACAAGUUUGAACGAGUGCUUCACUGAAUUGUGCUGCUAUGUCAUUUAUCAUAGAUUGUGAUUAUCUUAGUAUGACUAGAUGCUGUCAACGUCUCAAAAAACGAUCACCAGAUCCCGCAAUGGAUGCGCAGUAUGCAAAUCUAAACGAUUGAAAUGCGACGAACUGAAGCCAAAUUGCUCAAGAUGUAAGAGGCUCGGGAUACCUUGCCCCGGCUACCAAAAGCCUCUCAGAUGGUCGCCAACCUCAAGAUCACCUAGGAUCGAUAUCACGACUCCUACAAAUAGCGAACCAGAAAGCCGGCAGCAAAGGACUAAAGACCAAUGUCGAUCUCUACAGUCCUUCGAUUCAUCUGGCAAGAAUCUCUGUGACGUGGGGUUGUUCAGUCAGUUUGCAAAUAUCAACACACCGGCAAGCAUAGACUUCCAAGAUGGCAACCAUCUAGAGCAUGCAUUUCCUUUCUCGGACUUGCCGGCUGAGCCGCCAACUCCUUUUACGAUUCUUGAGACAUCAUGUUCUACCUGGUUGCCAGAACUCGCAACCGAUGACUUGUGGCCGAAUAUCACCCCCAACAGUCCGGGCAAUGGUCUCUUCGCUAUUGAGAAGCGAAACAACCCGGUUCCCUCGCGAGUAGCUCGCUACGAAUCUCCACUAUCGCCCUCCUUACAAGACAAUACAUCAGUGCUAGUGGAGUACUACUUCAAAGAAGUUUGCGGAAUGAUGUCUUGCUACGACAGCAACUUGAAUCCAUACAGAACGACCAUUUCCAAUCUCUGGGGCAACUCGCCGUCUCUAUACUACGUCACGCAAAGCAUGGCAGCAGCCUGCUUGGCCGAGGUCUCGCCUGGUCUUUCGACAGCGAGUGGCCGGCUUCGAGAUCAGGCUGUCAAUGCUCUAUGGAAAGAAAGCAAAGCAGGUCCGACGGAUACAUCAUCACUAUUGGCGCUGGUCAUGCUAGGCUUCAGUCUCUGUUGGCAUGAUCCGAGCAAACUGGGCCAAUCCGAGUUUGAGUUACUGGCCGAGACUCUACUCCAUCUUGAAGCCCAAGAAAGCAACUUGGCAAUGGCGGACAAGCAAAAGCGCUUCUUCUUCUAUAACUCUCUUGUUUACUGGAGGAUGCUGCUUUCCUUCGUGACCGACCAGGAGUUGGCUUCACCGACGUCCACUGGAGCCAUUCAGCCACAACCACCUCGCUUUCCGAGUCGCAAUGACGCGAGGAUGCCACAUCCGCAGACGGGAAUUGGAGUAGAGGUAUUAGAGAUUGUAGGCCAGGUUGGGGCCCUGGUUAGGAAAGAGCGAAAACGGAUACGGAGCCGCCAGCGCUCGUCGAGGCACGACAUUGAGCAAUCAGUUGCCGCCAUUCAGACGGCGGAGCAGCUUCACUCGCGGCUUUGCAAGAUUGAACUUCCAAGAGAGGUUACAGUCAUGGACUCAGGCGAUGACAUGACGCCAACUGACCAUCUCUUGAAAGCUGCAGAGGCAUACAGGUGCACUGGACUAUUGCAGCUCUAUCGCAAUUUUCCUGAUCUACUCUUACAAGAUGUGGCGUCAGCCAGUCCGUCUGCAUGGCUGGAUAUACCAGGAGACACGGAUCCCAGCCUUUCCGACGAUUCGGAAACUGUCCAUGGAACGUGGCUGACUUGUCUUGCCCUACACAUCCUCGAUCUCUUGCAGGAUAUCCCAAUCACGUCGCGGUCUCGAUCCAUCCAGCCACUGCUUUUAGUAAGCAUCUGCAGCGAGCUUUCUAUGAAUCGUGGCUUUGCUUCUUUGGAUUCUGUGGUAGACACAGCUGUGGCAAGCAUUGCUUCUAGUCCCAGGUUAAAAGUAGUAUCAACCACGACCGAUAUAUUGCACGCUAGACGGCUGGUCCUCUCACGUCUUGCAUCUUUUGAGGGUAUCCUGGCAGCCAAGCCAAUACGGCAGAUGAUCAUUCUUGCGAAAGAGACGUGGACUUGUAUGGAUGAGAAGCAGCAGGAUGUGUAUUGGAUGGAUGUCAUGAUGGAGAAGGGAUACGAAACCUUGAUGGGGUAGUUAGUUGUCAUGAGAGAUGAUGAUACCUAUUGUUGCAUAAUCUGUAGUUGACUUGACAACUAUUCUCGAGGAAAGUGAAAGAUCCAGCCAGUAUUCUUGAAAUGAACUUCUAUAUUCUGAAAAACAAUUUGAUGUUCG